GUUUCUGCCACUUGAAGACGAAGGAACUGAAAAUAACCGAUUGUGAUCAUGACCGUCAAGUCUGCACUGUGGAUCCUUCUCUCUAUCACCAUCCAGUGCGCGGUUCUGCAGGAGUCCGACUACGACGAUGAAACAGACGACUACUACCAAGAACCUCUGAACUGCUCGACCACAGAGAGAAUCAGAGGCGGACAUGUCACCUACUCACAGGGCGGCAUGGAGGGCAGCGUGAUGACCUAUCACUGUGGUCCAGGGAAAUACCCAUUUCCCGUCAGCUUCAGAACCUGUGGUGCUGAUGGAGACUGGUCAGCGAUGAGACUACCCACUGGCAGACUUGUAUCCUGGGCCAGUUGCAAAGACAUGCUGUGUCCGGGCCAGCUGCAGCUGGACAACGGUGAGUUUUGGCCCAGGGAUCAGUGGUUCCGAAUUGGCACUACACAGAGCUUUUCCUGCCAGGAGGGGUUCUCUUUUUACGGAUCAGCAGAGAGAAACUGCACCGCAUCAGGAGAGUGGACCGGAGCUACACCCAUCUGUGACGAUCAUGUAUUUACAGUCAAUGAUUGCAAUGACCCAGGGGUCCCUCCAGGGGCCGAGAGAUCGGGUGACCGGUUCCGGACAGGUGCAAAAGUAACUUAUCGUUGUCAGGCUGGGAUGCAUCUGCUGGGGUCGGCUGAAAGGGUUUGCCUGGAGAACAGGGAGUGGAGUGGUUCGUCACCAAGGUGCCAAGCUCCUCACGCCUUCGAUACGCCCAGCUCUGCAGCCGCAGCCUUGGCUGGAUCCCUCGCCGGAGUGAUGGACGUUCUUUCCCCAGAUUCCAAAAAGAAAAAUGUUACCCGGUCAUUUGGGCGAAGCUUUCUUGUGGGUGAAGUCAGUCGUAUGAAUGUCUACAUUUUGCUGGACACAUCAGGAAGCAUCAACAAGCAGAACUUCGAUGAGGCAAGGACUGCAACCAUCGCUCUGAUCAGAAAGCUUGACAGCUACGACGUCCAGCUGAAUUUCCACGUGUUGUCGUUUGCUACGGAAACUAAAGCCAUUGUCAAUAUCACAGAAACAGAGACAAGUGGGGAUAUCGAGGAGGUCAUAUUCGAAAUAACAAACUUCGACUACCACAGUCACGGGCGUAAGACCGGCACCAAUCUCUAUUCUGCUCUGGAAAAUGUCCUGAAAGUGAUGAGUUACUUAAAUGAAAACAGACACAAGAACCAUUUUAAUGAAACCCAGAACAUCAUCAUCAUAGAAACAGAUGGUUAUUCCAACACAGGGAAAAAACCUGAAGCUGCUCUGGCCAGAAUCAGGAGCUUGCUGGGCUACAGUACAACUCAACCUGACCACACGCAUGAAAAAAUGCUGGAUAUUUAUGUUUUCGGUGUUGGAGACCAAGUUAAUAAAGAUGAGCUGAACUUAUUGGCCUCAAAUAAGAGGGGUGAGCAGCAUUACUUUAACCUCAAAACCUAUGGCACUCUGGGAAAGAUGUUCAACAGCAUAAUCAGUGAUAAGAGUGUGACGAUGUGCGGGGUAGCUCAGGAAGAUGUCUCCAAAGACGAGGCAGAGGAUCUUGACGGUAAAGUCUACACCAAGCCUUGGCAUGUGAUUCUAACAUCAGGUGAAUGGGGAAAGAAGAAGUAUUGUUCAGGAUCCAUUUUAAACAUAAACUGGGUGCUGACAGCUGCUCACUGCUUUGGGACAAGCAAUCACACAGCCAUUAACGAGCUAACUCUAAAUUACGGUCAAGGAAUGGUGCCCUUCAAUAACGUGAUCAUACACCCCAAAUUCAACAUCAAAGCUCUGAGACAUCGGAAUGUCUCAGAGUUUUAUGACUAUGAUGUGGCUUUGGUGAAGACAGCCCGGCCCAUCCCGCUGUCCUGGACGGCCAGACCCAUCUGCUUGCCUUGUACCGUGGCAGCCUCUCGAGCCAUGAAAAAAAUCAACUCCACCUGCGAGCAGCACAGGGCUGAACUCCUAGCGCACACUGAGACUCCUGCCUUCUUCACCCAUCAGAAGAAAGAACGUAGAAAAACUCAUAUCCAUCUGAAAAGCCAGAGGCCCGCCUGUGUGGAGAAAGCUAAGCUAACACUAACCAAGCCCACAGAUGUAUCUUUGGAAGAAUACGUUUCAGAGAACUUCCUCUGCACUGGGGGCUCUGAAAAACACCAGGAUUCAAGCAGCUGCAAAGGUGACUCUGGCGGACCUCUCUUUUUGCAGAAAAGGAAGCGCUUCUUUCAGGUGGGAGUGGUGAGCUGGGGCACCAUAGAAAUGUGUGAAGAAGCUAAAUGGACCAACAAAGGAUUCAGCAGCAGCAGGCCGCCUCCCGAUGCUCGAGAUUUUUACAUCGACGUCUUCAAGAUUAUCCCGUGGCUGAAGGAGCACCUGGGGAACGAGCUCCAGUUUCUCUCUUAGAGCAGGGGAGCAGAUCCUGGACCAGUCUGCAUAGUCAGCGACAGUCUAAGCCAUCAUAAUCCAUAGCAGAUAUAAUCUAGGUUUGUAAUAUCAAAUGAGGUCUUCAG